UCCAAAAUAGAUCCAUUGCUUGUGGGUAGAGGCUUCAUCAGAUGAUGGUGGGGAUCUAUGAGGCAGGCAAGACCUGAGACAUGGUCUGGCAGAAGAUGGCUGGCUAUUGUCUGGCUCAGCUCUGCCCCUUUAAGAUGGGAUCCCUGGCUGUGCACCUUGUACAAGGAAAGAAUCCAGCCUUGCCGGUUCUCCCCUGGGGUCUCCACCUCUUCUAAUUUUUGACCCAUUGUUGAUUCUCACUUCCCAUCUUGGUCUACUUCCUCCAGAACUUAUACCCCAGGCUGUUAUUAAACUCCCUAGCUUUGUAUCGGAUUCUUUUGCUUUCCAGUUUUAGUUUUUCCUUUUGACACCGUAUGUCCAUGGACACUACGGGAAAAAGCUGCCUUUGUUGUUGUUGCUGUUGGUAAGCUUCUUCUUGGAAGAGAAAACCAUAUAGGCAAAGGGGUGCCCUCAGGGGCUUUGGACAGCUCACCUGGUGACAGGUGUAGUCCCACAGUGAGGAGUCCGGGAGAAUGCAGACCAGGGAGAUGACGGCAGGAAAGCAGUUGCAAUCAGGGAGCGUUAAGGAAUGAGGAAUGCAGGUUCCUGUGGCAUAGGAAUCAGCAAGUACUUGGAGGGGAAAAGCAAGAGAGAAUGUGGGGCUCACUUCUCAACACUUCCUUUCUUUAUGGAGUCGUCUCCUCAAAUCCUGGUUGCCUGGGUAGCCAUCUGAUGCCUUUAAUCCUAACUUAAACUGGAUUUUCAACUCUGAUCUGUCCGUUGGUUGGCACCUCUCAUCGUCGCAUGUCAGUAAGAAAGAAACCCUUUGGGGGAAAGUUUUCAGAGUGUUUGUAGCAAACACAAUUAGGAGGAAUUCUUAGAAGCAGCGGAGGUCGGCAACUGUGCCAGGAUAAUUGUUACAUUUUAAACACGAUGUCAUCCCCUGAGCAAAGUGAAAUGAGCCAGAAGGCACAUGUAGACAGGUAUGCCCAAUUUGUUUUAAAGCCCCAGAAACCCAUUCAGCCUUACAUCUGCUCGACUCUGAGUGAUUUUCAAGAAGAGAGAGACUUUCUGGCCGACUACCUCUUUCCUCAGCUUGACGAACUCUGCAAUUCCCGGGGCACGUAUUUCAAAGCCGUGGACCUGAGGUGGUCAGCGUUGAAGGCCCCGCCACCCUCACCCUCCAACCUGCUCGGACAGCAUUCUUGUCUCCACUCCCAGUAUCUGAAGCUCUGUCUCGACUAUGUGAACAGCUGUUUUCCUUUCUUCAUCUGCAUGCUGGGUCAGACGUACGGGGACUUCCUCCCUGACCAUGUGCCUCCAAUGCUCUCCAGAGUGACUGACUUGUUCAGUUUAUCCACGGUAGAACAGAACCUCUACGUUGCUGCAAAAAAUGGUUAUCCUUGGGUCCUGGAGAAUCCCAACUACAGUUUGACGGAGUUUGAGGUCAUCCAAGCAGCAUUUCUGAAUGAGUCUCCAUUUCAGUAUUUUUACUUUAGGACUGGAACCAUGCUGCUGAAGACUUUAGAUGAGGAAAAGGAGGGGCUGUCCUCGGGAUCUCUGCUGACUGAUGAGGAAAAAUUAAGGAUUGGAAAGCUUAAGGCCAAGAUUAUUAGCAAAGGGCUCCGUGUCCGAUUUUAUAAAGAUCUCCACGAGUUGGGGGACCUGGUUUUCAAGGACUGGUCAGUUGUGAUAGAACAACUUUACCCAGCCACUUUAAUGAUCAGAAAUACAGACUACAAACACAACUGUGAACGUUUCUAUCAUGAAGAGUUCGUGGAGAAGUGCAAAGGUGUUAUUUCCAAGGAAUCAAACAGAACCUUUGAAAUCUUGGAAAGAUUUGCCUUACAGGAUGUGGGAUCUGAUGGUAACAGUGCUGCAGCAGGCUCUGGGUUAGAUGCUGUCCUCAGAAUAAGUCCUCUUCCAGUUGACAAGUCUAUUUUGCUCUUGUCUGGAGAACGUGGUUGUGGGAAGUCCACUCUGAUCGCCAACUGGGUGAAUUAUUUCAAAAAGAAAUAUCCGAGCAUGUUGGUGAUCCCUCAUUUUGUGGGCACCACCUGUGAAAGCAGUGACAUCAUGUCCGUGACGCAUUUCUUCAUCACAGAAUUGCAGUUCAAAAACUAUGGUACUCAGCUUGAAACUGAUGUUCUUAACGAAGGCUCAAAUGUCUUGGUCUUUUCACUUCUUGUGGAAGUUUUCAUUGCUUCCAUCAAUUUAAAGCCAUGUAUACUUGUCCUAGAUGGAAUUGAAGAAUUCAUUGGCAUUUAUGGGAUUUUAGGACAGAAGGCAGAAGAUUUUUCUUGGCUGCCAUGCUCGCUGCCUCCUCAUUGCAAAUUCAUCAUGAGCACUGUCUCCUCUAGCCUGUCCUACAAGUUGCUGUGUGCUCGCCCAGAUGUGAGGACAGUGGACUUCAUUAGCAUAGGAGACAAAGAAGUGAAACUAAACAUCUUUAGACAGCAUCUCUCCAUUCUCAACAAAGACCCCCUCCAACAGAGCCAAUCCACUUUGAGGAAAAAAACAAACCCGAAUCCUUUAAAACUCACGAUCCUAGCGAAUGAACUCAGAGAAUGUAGAAUCUACCGAGAUGAGUAUCAGUGUCUGAAGGAGUACUUGGAGGUGGUGUCUGUUCAGGAGCUCUGGGAAUUGAUUCUGAAACGCUGGAUUGAGGACUAUAGCUGGACUUUUACGCCAAAAAAGGCAAAUUCAGACACGGUGGCUUUAGGAGAAGCACCGGAUGGCUGGGUGGCCGACACUCUGUGCUUUUUGAGCAUCUCACAUUGUGGAUUGGCCGAGGAUGAGAUAUUCCAGCUUUUGGAGAUGCUGGGCUACAGGGAUCACUACAAAGUGACCAUGUUGCACUGGGCUGCCCUCCGCAAUGCCACCAGACAGUGGGUCCAGGAGAAGCCCAAUGGCCUCCUGUACUUCAGGCACCAGUCCCUGCGGAGUGCUGUGGAGCACAAGCUUCUUGGUGUGGUCACUCCUGUCAGAGAAAGCCGUCCAUAUACCUUUCAGAACCCAACAAAUCACAAGAAGACACAUUUCCACCGAAUCUUAGUUCAAUACUUCCAACGGCAAACCACUUUCUGGAGGGUAUUUGAGGAACUGCCGUGGCAUUUGAAAAUGAGUGGCUCCUGGGGGGGGGGUUUGUGCAGCUUUCUGUCAAGUCCUAGUAUCACAGAUUCUGUAUCGAAGAUCCAAAACCUGAGCUUCUGGACAUGGCUGCACCUCAUCCACUACUGGAAUGUGUUAGCAGAAGUCGGGUAUGAUGCUGCUGGGGCCUAUUUACUCACAGUGGCCAAGGUUAAAGCUGAGAAGUGCCAUAAAAUGAGGAAGAGACAUACACCGUCAGUGCUGGAAUGCAGGCUGUUUGAGGUUACCACCAUGGACAAAUGCCGAUUAAUGUUCUUUAUUGCGAAAUUUCUGAAGCUUAUGGGCAAGAUCAAUGAAGCAGAAGGAUUAUUCUUGACUGUCGAGAACAUGUUAGUGCAGCUCUUCAGCCUUGUAAUUGCUGUGCACACACAAAUUCGUUGUAUGAAAACCAAGCCCUGUGCAAUAUUUGCUGCUGGAGACACGUCUCUUGCAAAAAUGAGACUUCAAGAAUGCUUAAAUAUCAGGAAGUUUGGUGAGAAAAAUAUCCUAGUUGGAGAAAUUAUGGAAUUUUUAGCAGAUUUACUAUCUUUUCUACCGGAAGAGAGUGAAAGAUGCCAAAGGAAGCAAGCAAUUGAAUAUUAUAAACAAGUGAUACGAAUAAAGGAAAAUGCAGGGACUUUCACCAAUUCCUCACUCGUCAGGAAGCAGCUGAGCAUUAGCCUAAGUGACACCUUGUGUAAAUUAACAGGUCAGUUAUUCAUAAAUGACUCCGGUCAUCACGUCAUGACUGAAGCAGUGGGCUAUCUGUACAGAUCACUUGACUUAAGGGCGACCUACCUGGGAUCUUCUCAUUCGUCAAUCCAUGGAAUCCUGCAACUUCUGAGGGAAAUUGAGCGGAUCAGGAGUAGAAGAUGUUGGCCUCAAGGCAUGAGUCAGCAAUAUUUCGAGGGUUCUAGGAAUGGCACCUCAUUAUGGGAGUACUUGCUUAAAUUAGACUACCACAGUGCUCAGAGUUCUAAUACAGUGAGCUCUGCGAUACGCAUGAAUGCACAUAACCUACAGAGAGUUAAAAGCAUGGACUUGGCACCUCAUAUAAUUUCAGAGAAAUCAAAAUGUGCUUCUGGAAAAGGGAAAAAAGUCUCGAGACCCAUCGUUUCCAUUUCUGUUGAGGAGAAGACCCGACAGAAGACACAGGAUAAUGUGGAGCCAUGGACUGGCCCAGGAAAAGGAGGUUCAAUGAAAAAGAAAGAUUAUUCCUCUAAGGUUUUAUCUUUGAGUAAAAUGGAUGGUGUAGUAAAGGUUUCACGGCAAAAGGUUUUCUCAGCUAAAGGUGAGGGUGGAAAAGGCCAAAUCACCACAAUUUACCGGCAUCCCUUGGCAGGAGGGUCUCUUAGCACAAAUAAUCCCUGGGAAUCCAUAUCUGAGCUCAUAUCAGAAAAGUGGCUUUUUCAUAGCCCAGAAUACAGUUCAGUUCCCCAGAAGAGUUUUUUUCAGGGAAGAUCUCAGUUUGAAACCAAAUUGUUGAAGACCUCAAAUGAUACUAAUAAAGUAUAA